AUGGCCUCACAUCAUAUUUCGCUGGCCAAAGCCGCGUUUGGCGCGUCUUUGUUUCGUGCAGAUGUCACCAAAGUGACCCGCGAGGACUUGACAAAAUUCCAUGAGGUCUUCGAUGCCACUCUCGCUUGCUGUUCCAGGCACAAUGUUCAGAAAUGCAAGGAAUGGCUUCUCGACAAUGUAAUAGUGUCUUCAGCAAGGACGGCCGCCUUUGGGAAAUUCCUGGCUACCGUCUCUAGACAUCUCGUAUCGCCGGCGAGCGACUAUGCGAAUCACAGCCUGCAAAGACGACGACUGCAUAUCCUCUAUCUGCUCAAUGACCUUCUGCAUCAUGCCCAAUACCACUCAUCCGAAGCCCACCAUCAGGCCAACCUCACCCAGUCCUUGCGACCUUACCUACUUGAAUUGUUCCAACUAACUGCAAAAGAGGCCAAACCGAGAACCAUUAGGCGAGUGCACGAUAUCGUAACAAUAUGGAAAGAGGCAGGCUACUUUGAAGACCAUGUGCUCCUGAGGCUUUUGGAUCCGAUGGAUGCGGAAUCCCAGGAGAGCACACAUGAAGUUCAAGAACAGAACAAAGGCAGUAGCCCCAUCAAAGAGUCGCCAUAUAUACUCCCAGCUACGCACGGAGACCCUUCUUCACCCUUCUGGGAUCUGCCGGCAGGAAAUCUCAUGCCGCAUAUCGUACCGAACAGUCUCCAGCCUAUCCGUUCAGAGCAAAUACGCGCGUUACAGCUUUCUGCGGGUCCAGCAGACGAUAGUCUCGUCCAUGCGCUGAAGGAUUUCUUGGAAGAAAUUAAGAGUAUGGAUAACGCCAUUGCUUCCCUUGAGGACAAGGGCGUAAGUGUUGAUGUCGAUGAGAUGGGUCAGAUAUCAUAUCGUAACGAGACUGGGGACCAGGUUGGGGAUACUUACUACGGCUGGUCUCGAUCGUUUUGCGAAAAGAUGAGAAAGCGGGAUAUGUCCGAGGACGAUGAUUCCCUAAGAAGUCGUUCACGAGAUUCACGCAGGAGCCGUAGUAACGUUGCUUAUAAACGACGACGUUAUAGCGAUUCCAGCGACGACCGAUCGAUGCGAUCUUACAGCAGAUCACGGUCCAGACGCCGAAAUGACAACGACCGACAACGCCAGAGCCCGAGUGGAAGCCGAGAAUACAGCCCUGUCCCUGCCCUACCGGAGACGGGACAUACGUCCGACUCUGAAAGAUGCCGAUUGCAUAUAGGCAAUCUCCCCUACGCGGCAACCGAAUCUGACCUCAAGCUCUUCUUUGCCGACUACGAUGUUGAGUCGGUUUUUCUUCCGACCAACCCCAGAACCAAUCGACCUGCCGGCUAUGGCUUUGUCAAUCUGAAAACUCCUGCCCAAGCAGAGAAGGCUAGUCAAAGCCUUUCCGGAAGAGAAAUUCUAGAUCGUAAGGUCUCGGUACAGAUUGCUCACACAAAUGACCAUGCCAGUACCAACAAUGAUGGUCUGCCAUGUUCGCAUAAUGGGAACCUUCACACAUUUGGCCAACCGCAGCGAUCAGAGUUGAGACCUCCGAUAAACAGCGCCACUGCCUUCGCUGCUCUGCCACCAGAUCAGGCGUUUGCUGCACCACCCCUUCUCCAACCUGGAAACUUUCCUGUACCACCACCAAAUUGGCAAGGGACGUGGCCCCCUCCCCCUCCUCCGCCGCCUUAUCUCGCGGGCGGUGCGCCUUUCAAUAACAUUCCCUUCCCACCCCCACCACCACCAGCUUUCCCGCCCCAAUCAGGCACAUGGUCCUCCUAUCCACGUCCGCCGCAGUCGUCCCAUCGAAACGACCGAGCAGGGCCGCCCUAG